AUGGCCGAACUUUCCAGCUCCAAGAUGGACCUCCAUGCUCUGAUCAAAGACAGCAUCAGAGCCCUCUAUCACGAUUGUGCAGACCCCACUGUCACCCUUGCUACUCACGACAAGCUUUGGUGGGUCGUCAUUUUCCAUCGAUCCAGCGCCAUCGACCGCAUGCACUCUGGGCAAGGGUUUGCAACCAGAGAAGCUGCAUUGGAGAACAUGUUACGCUACUUCGAGGAAUUGAUUUGGUAA